AUGGGGGGCGGGAGCUGCGUGCGUGCGGAGCGCGGGGGCGCCGCGGCAGAAAUCCCGGCAUUGCGGAGCUCGGGGAAGCCGGGGCUCCCCGCCCGCCCCUCCUUUGCCCUCCCCUCUUCCCCCCGCCCCAUUCCCGCAGGCCGCCCUGGCUCUAAGCGUGCUAAGCCCCGUGUCCCCUUAGGCACCCGAGUGUACAGCCACCUGGAGUGGAUCCGCUACCACCGCUACCAGGGGCGCUCGGCCACCGUGUGGUCCCUGGGCGUGCUGCUCUAUGACAUGGUGUGUCUGCUCUAUGACAUCCCCUUCGAGCAGGACGAGGAGAUCCUCCGCGGCCGCCUGCUCUUCCGGAGGAGGGUCUCCCCAGAGUGCCAGCAGCUGAUCCAGUGGUGCCUGUCUCUGCGGCCCUCAGAGCAGCCAUCGCUGGACCAGAUUGCGGCCCAUCCCUGGAUGUUGGGGGUUGACGGGGUCGCCCCGGAUAGCUGUGACCUGCGGCUGUGCACCCUCGACCCUGAUGACGCGGCCAGCACCACGUCCAGCAGCGAGAGCUUGUGAGGAGCUACACCUGACUGGGAGCUAGGGGACCACCUGCCUUGGCCAAACCUGGGACGCCCCCAGACCCUGACUUUCUCUUGCGUGGGCCGUCUCCUCCUGCGGAAGCAGUGAUCUCUGACCCCUGGUGACCUUCGCUUUGAGUGCCUUUUGACCGCUGGUCCCGCGGGACUUGGUUUUCUCAAGCUCUGUCCAAAGACGCUUCGGUCGAGGUCCCGCCUGCCCUGGGUGGAUACUUGAACCCCAGACGCCCCUCUGUGCUGCUCUGUCCGGAGGCGGCCUUCCAUCUGCCUGCCGACCCGGAGCUCUUUCCGCCGGCGCAGGGUCCCCAGCCCACCUCCUGCCCUCAGUCCUGCGGUGUGCGUCUGGGCGCGUCCUGCACACACAAUGCGAGUCCGGGCCUCUGGGCCCGCCCGCCCACGCGAGCCGUACCUGCCGCCAACUCUGUUAUUUAUGGUGUGACCCCGUGGAGGUGCCCUGGGUCCACCGGGGCUAUUUAUUGUUUAAUUUAUUUGUUGAGGUUACUUCCUCUGAGCAGCCUGCCUCUCCCAGGCCCCAGGGGACAGUGGGGAGGCCGGGGAGGGGGUAGCUGUGGUCCAGGGACCCCAGGCCCUGAUUCCUGUGUCCUGGCUCCGCCUGUCAGAAGAUGAACUUGUACAGUGGCUAAUUUAAGGGGAGUGGGUGACCCCGACACUUCCAGGCACUGUGCCCGGGGUGCGGGUUUUAAAUUAUUGACUUUGUACAGUCUGCCUGUGGGCUCUGAAAGCUGGGGUGGGGCCAGAGCCUGAGCGUUUAAUUUAUUCAGCACCUGUGUUUCUGUGAAUGCGGUGUGUGCGGCCAUCGCAGAUGGGGGUUCUUUCAGUUCAAAAGUGAGAUGUCUGGAGAUCAUAUUUUUUUAUACAGGUAUUUCAAUUAAAAAUUUUUUGUACAUAGUGGA